CUCUCUCCUUGGAUUGACCGGCCCCACUUGCUCAGCGACACGACUCGCGUCCACCUGCCUGCCUGCCGGUCUAGUCGCCACACCGCAGAGCUUUGGUUCGCAGCGAUGGCGACCGACCGCCGCCUCCGCGACCUGCUCCUCCUCGCCGCGGCGCUCCUGCUCUCCGCCUCCUGCGCCGCCGCCGCAGACUUCGAGUACUGCAAAAAGGGGCGCCACUAUCCGGUGAAGGUGAGCGGCGUGGAGAUCGUCCCCGACCCCGUCGUGCGCGGCGAGCCCGCCACCUUCAAGAUCUCCGCCUCCACCGAUAAAACCAUCACCAAAGGGAAGCUGGUGGUAGAUGUGUGGUACUUCUUUUUCCACGUCGAUUCAGAGACUCACGACUUGUGUGCUGGGACUCCCUGUCCCGCAACGGGCGAAUUCGUACUAGCCAGCGAACAGACUUUGCCAUCUUACACCCCACCAGGUUCUUACAGUCUCCAGAUGAAGCUGCUGGGAGACAAGAACGAGGAGCUGACCUGCAUCUUGUUCGGGUUCAGCAUCGGGUUCGUCGCACCUGUCGCCAUUAUGUGAACCAAAUAUGUGCCGCGACCCAAACACACCCUUGGUUGCAGUUGCAAAGAGCCACCAUGGUCCACGGAUGUAUGUAUGUACCUGCAGAACUCUCUAAAAUCUGAAUCACCCCGAGUGGGAGAGCAUGUGUUGGACUGAGCCGUUUUAUUCAGAGUUGCUGCCAGUGCGUGUUUUCUGAGUGUUGAA